AUGAAAUUUGGUACACAAAUCUUAGAUAAAUCUGUACCACAAUGGAGACAUAAUAAUAUUGAUUAUCAAAAGUUGAAACUGUCAAUUAAGAGAGCUACGACAGAGAGCGGUGACGAUGAGACAGAUAAGAUAAAUCUCAUAAGAUGUAGCAACCUAUUUUUAGAACAAUUCAAUUCUGUCAAUUUAUUUACAAGUUUAAAGAUCAAAGAGAUAUCUUCUAAGAUUAUUAGCAUUGAAAAUCUUAUUAUUAAAUAUUCCCAAGUGUUAGAGAAUCUUAAUUUUGAAACGCUGACUACGGAAGAAUCAAAGAGGCAAAUAAAGACAAUACAAACUGCAACAAUAAGAUGUAGUAAAGAAUUAAAAAUGUUAUCAAGGUAUUUGAUUUUACAACGAAUAGCCGUGAGGAAGUUAUUUAAAAAAUUUGUUAAAUAUUAUCCAAAAGGAAAGAAAGAGGCUGAAAUAUAUAUUGAAACAUUAAGAAAUUCAGAACAAUUAAAAAAGGGAUACGAAGGCAUUUCGUUCAUGGAAUUAGGACUUGAUCCUUACUUACUAGAAAUUUCACUUAUUUUUGAUGUCUUAGAUGAUUUAGACAAGAAAGCCAUAAAGAGUCUUGAUGUUAUUAAAACAUCAUUGGUGAAUACAUCCACUGAUAAUAUUAGACAUCUAGAAGAUAUUAAGGACCGUCUUCCUACGGAACCAAUAAAAGAGAUUCAAUCUACUAUCGAAUUUGAUACAAUUUUUUGGGGUAAAUCAAAACUUGUGAGUCGAUUUAUUCUGUCCAACGAAAAUAGUGAAGAAUUCAAAUUUGUCUUGUUAUCAUCUAAGUUUCAAAUUUUAGAUGACGAAAUAAUAUCAACCUCUAGAGAAAUUGUAGAUAAUUCAAAGAAUAUUAGAAAUUUUGCACAAAAUGAUUCUGCAAGAUCGGUGAGAUCUUACAAUGAACUUCGUAACAUUGCAUCUUUCUCAUCCUUAGUGGGAAGUUCGAAAGCCAAAGGAAGUAAAGAUGGUUCACAGUCAUUGACAUCAAAUAUUCAUAUGUCAUUAAUGGCAUCCGCUGAAAACAUAUCUAAUGAUACAACAUAUAUGAGAGAGUUAUUAAAAAAUGCAAAUUAUAACGAACAUCCAACCUUCUUAGUUCAAAGUGACAUAGGAAUAAAAUGUGUUUUGCAAUGCCAUGUUGGAGGCUUGAGAGAUCAUGUUAUAACUAAUACUUUACCUCUCCGAUACAUUCAUGAUUGUAUCGAUAAAGAUGAAAUAAAAGAUAUUCAAAGAUUAGGUCCUUUAAAUAAAUUAUCGAUGGAAUGGUUAAAUUCAAAACAUUUAAAACCAGCAAAUGAAAGGAUAACCUUUAAAAGAACAAGAUUUGUUUCUUAUACAAGUGCUGGGACAUAUUUAAUCACCCUAGAUGAAAAUAUUGCUAUCGAUACUUUUAGUAUUGUACCUCACUCCGUCUUCGAAAUCAGAGAAAUUACCUCCCCUAAAUCAAAUUCAGCUUCUAGAUCACCUGAUUUUGAUCAUCAACAGGAAAUUCAAGAUAUAUCAUAUAUCUAUAAUUCAUUGAUUGAAAACAAGAUACAAUGUUAUCCAAUUGAUAGAUCUGCAACUAUUUGGAGUAUUUGCUAUGCUAUUAGGGAUUCUAAUGAAAUUACAUAUGAUCUAUUUUCGUAUAUUUUAAAGGAUGAAUAUAUUUUAGAGGAUAAUGACUCCUUAAAAGACAAUGAAUUUUUUGAAUUAGGUAAGGAUAAGGUCUUGGAAAUGUGUACUUCAGAAUUCCGUAGAAGACACCCUAAUAAUGUUUCUAACGGUAUUCCCCAAAGUUUAGCAUCAAAGUUGGAACUAAAGAAGAAGCGGAAUACAGAAAGCAAGCAAAACUCUAAUAAUAGUAGCAGGGAAGGUUCCAACGGUAUAACUCAAGUUCCAAAGAAAGAAAGUAUUAGAUAUUGGAAUGAAUUUGAUGAUGGCGAAGAUAAUGCUGUAGCCAAUACAUUUUAUGUUGACGCCUAUGGUGAUGAUAAUAUUUCUAGCAACCAAAGUGACGGUGGAUUAUUAAGAUUUGAUAGAAAAUUUGUCAAUUCAAUGUAUGCUACCUGUCAAAGUAUUAGAAAAUUUUUAAAUUUGCCAUACGUUGACUCUAAUAGAAUCUCCAGAUCAAGAUAUGGAUCUAUUGUUUCAGAAAAUGAUACAGCUUCCAUUACUACCUCAGGUCAUACACGUAGUAAUUCAUACGCAGAUAUCCAACAAUUAAUCCAAUUCCAUGAACAAGAUCUUAAUGAUUCCGAUUCUGUUUAUGAGUUAAGACAUGACGAAAUAUUGUCAUUAAUGUACCUUUUUUCAUUACUAGCGUCGUGCUUAACUUCUGGUAUCUGCCUUUCAAUUAUUGUUACUAUCUUCAGAGAAGAAGAAGAAAAUAUUCAAAUUGACCACAUUACGCUAUUGAUAACUAUUAUCAUCAUUUCACUAUUAAUUUCGUUAUUACUUACAAGCGGGAGUUUACUACUAUUAUUUAGUAGAUACGCAUAUGCACCGUUAUGGCAUUAUAUUUCCUGUUUCGUUGUCUUCCUAUUAGUGACUUGUACUGCAUGCUAUGGGAUUAUCGAGAUAUUUACGUAG